UCCGUUGGAUGUGUUCUCUUACCAUUGGAAUACCUCCAAGAAGCCGUGAUUUAAGGCCACCAUGUCUGUGAUGGGCGAGCCAAACUUCAUCGCCUGGGCGGCGCAGCGCUCGGGCUAUGGCGGCGGCAACCUCACCGUCGUGGACAAAGUCCUCCCCGACAUGCUCCACCUGGUGGACGCCCAUUGGUACCAGUUCCCGCCCAUGAACCCCCUCUGGCACGGCAUUCUGGGCUUCGUGAUCGGCGUUCUGGGCUUCGUCUCCAUCGUGGGCAACGGAAUGGUCAUCUACAUCUUCUCCUCCACCAAGGCGCUGCGAACCCCCUCGAACCUCCUCGUGGUCAAUUUGGCCUUCUCCGACUUCCUGAUGAUGCUCUGCAUGUCCCCGGCUAUGGUCAUUAAUUGCUACAACGAGACCUGGGUGCUGGGGCCCCUCGUGUGCGAGCUCUACGGCAUGAGUGGGUCUCUCUUCGGAUGCGCAUCCAUCUGGACCAUGACGUUCAUCGCCUUGGAUCGGUACAAUGUGAUUGUGAAGGGGCUCAGUGCGCAACCGUUGACCAAGAAAGGGGCCAUGUUGAGGAUACUGAUCAUCUGGGUCUUCUCCACGCUGUGGACCAUCGCACCCUUCUUUGGAUGGAACCGCUACGUGCCAGAAGGCAACAUGACGGCGUGUGGAACGGAUUAUUUGACCAAGGAUUGGGUUAGUCGGAGCUAUAUUUUGGUUUACGCCGUUUGGGUCUAUUUCGUUCCUCUCUUCACCAUCAUCUAUUCCUACUGGUUUAUAGUGCAGGCCGUGGCCGCCCACGAAAAAUCGAUGAGAGAACAAGCAAAGAAAAUGAACGUUGCGUCCUUGCGAUCCUCCGAAGCAGCCCAAACCAGCGCCGAAUGCAAACUCGCCAAGAUAGCCCUAAUGACCAUCACGCUCUGGUUCUUCGCUUGGACUCCUUACCUGGUCACCAACUUCACCGGUAUUUUCGAAGGUGCCAAAAUCAGUCCUUUGGCCACCAUCUGGUGCUCGCUCUUUGCUAAAGCCAACGCUGUCUACAACCCGAUCGUAUACGGAAUCAGCCAUCCAAAGUACAGACAAGCCCUCCAGAAGAAGUUCCCGUCGUUGGUGUGCGCGGGCGAGCCGGACGACACCACCUCCACGGCUUCGGGGGUAACGAACGUUACCACCGACGAGAAGCCGGCCACGGCUUAAGUAGUGAUUUAAUGGCUUUUGUUUGAUUCUUGUAAUGAUCAAUAAG